AUGGUGACUAUCGUGCUAGGCUCCCAGUGGGGGGAUGAGGAUGCCGGCCAUACCAUCGUCCACAAUUCCGUGACCUACGACUUCCACAUCCUUCCUUCCGGUCUCGUAUCUCCAAAAUGCGUCAACCUCAUCGGAGCUGGGACCGUGGUGCACAUCCCUAGUUUCUUCAAGGAAUUGGCAGCGCUCGAAGAAAAAGGCCUGCAAGAUGUCAAGAGCCGUGUCUUCAUUUCUGACCGAGCCCACGUCUGCUUCGACCUGCACUCUGUUGUCGAUGGAUUGGAAGAAGCCAAGCUCGGCGGCCGCAAGGUUGGCACAACAGGAAAAGGUAUCGGUCCUUGCUACAGUGACAAGGCUGCACGACGUGGUGUGCGCGUCGGCGAGAUUUUGGAUGAAGAGGUAUUUGAGCGCAAAUUGCGCUCUUUGGAGAGUGGGUACAGGAACCGCUUCGGGGAUCUGACUUAUGAUGUCGAAGAUGAGAUCAACCGCUUCAAGGAAUACCGCAAAAUCCUCAAACCAUACGUCAUUGAUCAACUCCCCUUCCUCCAGAAAUACAAGAACGAAGACCGGAUACUAGUUGAAGGCGCCAACGCCCUCAUGCUCGAUCUGGACCACGGUACAUAUCCAUUUGUCACAUCAUCGUCCACGGGUCUCGGAGGCGCCAUUCAGGGCCUCUCCCUCAACCCGACCAAGAUCAAGAGUAUAAUCGGUGUUGUCAAAGCCUACACAUCCCGUGUAGGCUCAGGUCCAUUCCCCUCAGAGCAACUCAACGAAGACGGCGACAAACUGCAAUCCGUCGGUCGCGAGUUUGGCGUAACGACAGGCCGCAAGCGCCGUUGUGGCUGGUUCGACCUUGUGCUCUGCCGCUACUCUCUCGCCGUCAACCACUACACCGAGCUCAAUCUGACCAAGCUCGAUAUCCUAGACGAUUUUGACGAGAUCAAAGUCGCUGUUGCAUACAAACUGCCCGAUGGCACGCGCGUCGAGGACUCAUACCCAGCCGAUCCCAAUGUGCUCGAGAAGCUCGAGGUUGAAUACAUCACCUUGCCGGGGUGGAAGAGCAACACUAUGGGCGCGACAAAAUUCGAGGAUCUCCCCGAGAAUGCGCGAAAGUAUGUCGACUUCAUAGAAAAGGGUAUGGAUGGAGUACCCAUUAAGUGGAUUGGCACUGGUCCAGCUCGAGAGCACUUGAUCAUCCGGUAA